AGGCAGUUUUGAAGACGAUUGUCUUGGUCAAAACAAACAAAAAAGUCAGUACAUAGUGAUUACACAGGCAGGCAAGAAUACUUUACGGUACUUUCAGUUUGUAUAUCGUCGAGUAUCAGGGUCAUCGUUGCUCAGCUCAAAUCAAGUCACCAUCAGAAAGUGUACAGACCGUUUCUUUAAUUCAUAACUUGUCGGUAUCGAUCCGCGGAGAACGAUUUGUCUCGUCGCCGGCACGCGUGCGGAAACGCUUGAUAGUAGUGAUUGGGGAACGAUGAGAAGCGGCAAUCGGAGCGAAGGACGGAGGAGGACCCGCUGACGGACAGGAGAGAACGCGCGAGUCCACUCCGCGUUCAAAGACUCGAGCGGUAAAGCCGCUGAAGUAGCUGCCGAACUAUCCACCGUUCGUCGUAAUCACGAAUUACGAUAACUAGUGAUAACUAUUAAGUCGAGGAAUCGGUUGGAAAGGAUGACAGCCCAGCAGCUUCCUAAGUAUGAGCUUCUACCGAAGGAGAAGACGGCGGAGUUGUUGAAGGUGUUCAAGGGCGAGAGGACCGGAUGGGUACUGGUCGGCCCGAAAAAAUACUUCUUCCCGUACAGAUAUACGGAACAGGGCGCCGGAUUUUAUAAUUUCAAGGCUCGGCCGGACGAUACAUGGGUUCUUUCUUAUCCAAGAUCAGGUGUGACGAGAAGUACAACUUGGACGCAAGAACUAGUUUGGCUGCUAUCAAAUAAUUUGGACUUUGACACGGCGAAAAAGAAUCUGCUUGCUGAGAGAUUUCCCUUUCUCGAAUUCAGCAUGUACAAUCAUCCUGAAGUGACGCAGGAAUUUGUGGAGAUGAACAAAGGUGACGAGAAAAAGCAGCAUCUAUGCCGAGAGUUGGGCAAGCCCGGUUAUGAGGUCAUCGCCUCGAUAUCGUCACCCAGAUUCAUCAAAAGCCACUUUCCCUUUAGCAUGCUACCUGGAAUUUUGGACGUUGGUUGUAAGAUCGUCUACGUGGCACGCAAUCCAAAGGACGUCGCGGUCUCCUGGUAUCACCUAAACCGAGCGAUUAAGACGCAAGAGUACAUUGGCGACUUCGUUACCUUCUGGAAUUACUUUCGGAAUGAUCUCACACCUUGGAGCCCGUACUGGGCUCAUUUGAAAGAGGCUUGGGCGCUUAAGGACCAUCCAAAUCUACUGUUCAUGUUUUACGAAGAAAUGAUGCAAGAUUUCCCAAAAGCAAUCAAGAAAGUAGCAAAGUUGCUAGGUAAAACUUACACCGACGAGCAGAUAGAUAAAGUGGUCGAUUUUUUAAACAUCAAAAAUUUCCGCAACAAUCCAAUGGUCAACAGUUCCGAAUUGAAGGAUUGCAACGUUAUACUGGCUGAUAAUUUUGUCAGAAAGGGCGGUAGCGGAGGAUGGAGGGACAUGUUCACGCCGGAGAUGGAUGCUGAGGCAGACAAGUGGAUCGAGGAGAAUCUCCGAGACACCGAUCUGCGUUUUCCGUUCUUCAACAACAAUAUAGACAAGAGGAAUUGAAGAAUCGUCGAAAAGAUCUUAAUCGGAUAUCUGAAUCUAGAAUAAAAUACUAUCGUUUAAUUUUACAAGUAUAUUUAAAUUUGAAGGGGAUGUAAGGUAUAUUUAAGGAUAAUGCUAGAGAUAAUUCGAUUCAUAAAUCACUUAGGAUAAUUAAAUAAUCUUAUAAACAUAUAUAUGUUAUAUAAGAGCAAUAUAAAUGAUUAAUACAAGUAAUAAACAUUUGCUACAGAUGGCUUAGUUA